AUGGAGCGGUACGGUCGGACCACAGACGGGUCACAGUCCGAUCCGUCGCCCGAGUGGACUGUUCCGGGACCGGAAACAGGGCUGGAAGAGUCCAUGUGGCAGUUGGGGCUAGGACCCGGGGAAUCGUACCCUGAACGACCCAACGAGACCGAUUGUAGUUACUACUUGAGGACUGGGAUUUGUGGGUACGGCUCCCGGUGUCGGUACAAUCAUCCUCGUGAUCGUAGUGCGGUUACGGGAGCUGCGAGACCUGGAGGAUUGGAGUACCCAGAGCGAGCGGGCCAGCCUGUGUGCCAGUACUAUAUGAGGACAGGGACUUGCAAAUUUGGCGCUUCUUGUAAGUACCACCAUCCUAAGCAGGGUGGAAGCUCUAGUAGCCCUGUAUCUCUAAAUUAUUAUGGAUACCCAUUACGACAGGGUGAAAGAGAGUGUUCCUACUAUGUGAAAACUGGACAGUGUAAGUUUGGUGCAACUUGUAAAUUCCAUCAUCCACAGCCAGCUGGCAUACCACUUCCAGUGCCAUCACCAGCCCCUCAAGUUUCACCUGUACCUGCUGCACCAUUGUAUCAAACUGUGCAAUCUCCAUCUGUUUCAUCGCAACAAUAUGGAGUAGUAUUUGCAAGGCCUCCUUUGCUACCGGGUUCAUAUGUUCAAAGCCCCUAUGGUCAAGUCCUGCUUUCCCCUGGCACAAUUCCUUUUCCAGGUUGGAGUCCAUAUCAGGCACCUGCAAGCGCAUUGCCCUCUCCUAGUACUCAACCUGGUGUUGGUUCUGGGACACUUUAUGGGAUGAGUCAACUAUCUCCUUCAGCAGCUGCAUAUACAGGAAUGUAUCAGCCUAUACCUUUACCUUCUUCUCUUGGUCUUCCAACCACCAGCCAGAAGGAGCACUUAUUUCCUGAAAGACCUGGUCAACCAGAAUGUCAGUAUUACAUGAGAACAGGGGAUUGUAAAUUUGGGUCCUCAUGUAGAUAUCAUCACCCACCAGAAGUUGUUGGACCAAAAACAACUGUUGCCCUCAACCCCAGUGGUCUUCCUUCGCGCCCGGGUGCACCACUUUGCACUCACUAUGCACAACGAGGAGUAUGCAAGUUUGGGCCUGCAUGCAAAUUCGACCAUCCAAUGGGAACACUCAGUUACAGCCCAUCAGCGUCUUCUCUUGCUGAUAUGCCAGUUGCACCGUACCCAGUGGGAUCAUCAAUUGGUACGCUAGCCCCAUCAUCCUCAUCCUCAUCCACAGAAUUGCGGCCUGAGCUUAAUUCAGGCUCUGGAAAGGACUUAGUUUCAGCCAGAAUGUCUUCAUCACUGAGCACUUCUAGUGGAUCAGUUGGUUCAACUGUUUCUAAGGGUGGUAUUACCCAUUUGGGUGUUCAACAGUCUGCUCAGGGUUCUGGCCCUUCAACUAGCAGUGGCAGCAGUACAGAGUCUCAUAGUCCAAGCUAA